UAACCGGAAAUAGUUACAGUGAAAACUUUCCCCUGCAAGCACACCAUGUAGUUGACCUGACAGCAAUUUUUGUGGCUGAAAAUUUAACGACCAUGAACAGUUUAAGAUUAUUGUUGAUGUACUCCAAUAACUCACUUAGGGUCAUUCGAGGAAGCACUCUCAUAUCACCCAAAAGGUCUCUGUUCGUGACACGACCAGGUUUAAUUAAACGUGAGAAUGGUCACCUAGCCGGUUUUAGUAGGCAGUCAAGUUCUACUGUUGCUGGCACAGGGAAUGACAACUCCUUUUUGAAGUGGUUUCUCUUGUUGAUACCUGGCACUACAUUUUGCCUUGGAACAUGGCAGCUGAAACGCAGAAAGUGGAAGUUGGAGCUGAUCCGUGAACUUCAGAGCCUGACAACUUCAGAGCCCAUUCCACUCCCUGCAGAUCCCAUGGAAAUUAAGCAGCUAGAGUACAGGCGUGUGAAGGUGCGUGGACGCUUUGAUCACUCCAAAGAGCUGUACAUUUUGCCCCGCUCACCUGUGGAUCCUGAGAGAGAGGCCCGAGAGGCAGGCAGGAUUUCCUCCAGCGGGGAGAGUGGAGCGAAUGUUAUCACACCAUUAUACUGUACUGAUCUGGGGAUCACCAUCUUAGUGAAUAGAGGUUAUGUCCCCAAAAAUAAGAUCAGGCCAGAAACCAGGAUGAAGGGCCAGGUUACUGAGGAGGUGGACCUUGUUGGCAUUGUGCGUUUAACUGAGCAGAGGAAACCAUUUGUCCCCCAAAACAACAUGGCAGGAAAUAAGUGGCAUUAUCGUGAUCUUGAGGCCAUGGCACAGGCCACCGGUGCUGAGGAGAUCUUCAUUGAUGCGGUGUUUGAUAGCACAAUACCUGGUGGACCUAUAGGAGGGCAGACAAGAGUGACCUUGAGAAAUGAACACAUGCAGUAUGUCAUCACAUGGUAUGGUCUGUGUGCUGCUACUUCCUACAUGUGGUACGCAAAGUUCAUCAAGCGAAUAGCAUUGUAACCAUUAUAGUACUGUGCCUUUAUUUAUACAGUUUAAAAUAAAAUUGCUCAACUCAUCA